AUGAAUGUAAUGAAUUUUGUAGAAUCCUCAGUGGGAGCUCAAAGCUUGUUAUAUGCCAGAGUUCCCAAAACAGAGAGAAUAUAUAGAUGUCCUACACGUGACCAAAGGUUUGCUAAGCAUUCAGUUUUCAUUCAGCAUCAGAGAAUCCACUGUGCAGAAAAGUAUGGUGAGUAUAACGAUACUGGCAAAGCUUACAGUUGCUGCUCACAUCUCAUUUUACAUCAGAGAAUCCAGGAAAAAGAGAAACCUUGCAAAUGUGAUGAAUGUGGGAAAACCUUCUGUCUAAAUUCAAAUCUUAUUCAACAUGGAAAAAUGCAUACCAGAGAGAAACCCCACAAAUAUAAUGACUGUGGGAAAUCCUUUACUCAGUUUUCAGGGUUUAUUCAACAUCAGACAGUUCACACUGGAGAAAGUCAUAAGUGUGAUGAAGGUGGGAUAGCCUUCAGCAGUAGUUCCAAUCUCAUGGAACAUUGGAGAAUUCUUUCCAGUAAGAAAUCUUUUCAAUGUAACAAUUGUGAGAAAACCUUCACUAACACAACAAGUUUGAAUUACCAUCAGAGAAUUCAUGCUGGAGAGAAGCCUUAUAAAUGUAGUGAAUGUAGAAAAUCUUUCACCCGACACUCUGUCCUUAUUCGACAUCAGAGAGCUCACACAGGUUUCAGUUGGAACUCUAACCUUACCCAACAUCAGACCAUUCAUACUGGAGAGAAGCUGCUUGAAUGUAAGGAAUGUAGGAAACCCUUCAGUCAGAGAUCUAACCUUAUCCAACACCAAAGAAUUCACACUGGAGAAAAGCUAUUUGCAUGUCUUGAAUGUGGGAAAGCCUUCCAAAGCUCCAAUCUUACAAGACAUUGGAGAAUUCAUUCUAGAAAGAAGCAAUGUGAAAAUAAAUAG